AUGACCGUGCCACGCAUGCCCGUGCCAAACCGCCCCGUUGCUGAGCAUUACCCGUGUCACAUGACCCCGUGCCACAUUACCCGUGUCACGCUUGCCGUGCCACAUUACCCGUGCCACAUUACCCGUGUCACACAUGACCCCGUGCCACAUUACCCUGUGCCACAUUACCCCGUGCCGCCACAUGGCCCGUUGCCGCAUUACCCAUGCACACACAUUGCCGUGUCACAUGACCCCGUGCCACAAUACCCGUGUCACGCUGGCCCGUGCCACAUUACCCGUGCCACACGUUACCCGUGUCACACCUUGACCCGUGCCACACGUACCCUGUGCCACACAUUACCCUGUCUUACACAUUACCCCGUUCCGCAUUACCCUGUGCCACACUUACCCCAUGCCACCACAUUGCCCGUGCCACAUUUACCCAGUGCCACGUUACCCGUGCCACACAUGACCCCGUGCCACGCAUUGCCCGUGUCACACGUGCCACAUUACCCCGUGACACAUUACCCGUGUCACACAUGA